CGCACCACUCCGCUCCCCCCCCCCCGCCGGGCCGACGUGUGCUUCCCAACGUGCUGAGGGGAGGGAAGUAAACAAGGCCCGGCCUUCCCUCCAGCACCUUCCAGGAGGCUCGCGCCGGGGCCGCCCCCGAGCUGUGGCGCAGCAGGAAUUCCCGCUCUGGCAAGGCCCGAGGGAGGGGGCGGGGAGAGCGACGGCGACGGCGGGCCCGGGGGGGGGGGAGGAGGAGGAGAGCGACGGGCUGGGUCCGGGGCCGCCUCCGCCUGGCCGCUGUGAGGCGCAAGUGGGGCGGCAGCAGAGGGUGAUGCCCGUGUUUAUUUUUACUCGGGCGCCUCAUCCCUGCUGGCUGCCUGUGAGGAGGGGCGGCGGCGGCCCCCGUGGUCGCUCUCUGGCCCGGCCCCAGCGGCCUUCCUCGGGCUGCCCUUACAGCCUAUAAAGGGCCGAGGAUGCAGCUCUACAGCACUGUCGUCACCCAUUACCCAGCGGCGGCGGCAGCAGCAGCGGGGACCAGCCCAGGCAGCAGCGGGCCCGGCGUGGUCUUCAAAGUCUCCCCUUCCCCGGAGCCUGCGGGACAAAGCCCGGUGGGAGUCGUCGAGAACGAGACAGGAGGAGGGGAAGGCGGCGGAGGAGGAGGAGCAGCAGCGUCGAGCGGAGUCGGAGCAGCCCCAGCCAUGCCCGCCUUCUCCUGCCUGGAGCUGCUGCCUCCGAGCGGGCCCGGCCAGCGGAAGCAGCCGCCGCACCAGCCGCCGCCCCAAUGCUACAGCCCCGGCGCGCAGAUGAUCCGCCGCAGGCCGCUGGAGAGGGUCGUGCCCAUCCGCGUGGUGCAGCGCUCGGAGGCCGUGGUCCUGGCCGGGGAGCGAGGCGGCCCAGCUUCGGCCCCGCACGCCCACCAGUGGCUCCUGCUGGAGAGCAGCGGGGGCGACGCGGCCGUGGCCGCCGCCCCUCCGCCCGCCCAGCCUGGCUUGCAGGAGCCCAGCAACCGCGGCCUCCGCCUUAGCGAGCACUGCCAGGCCUUGCAAGCGGCGGCGGCUGCAGCCAGCGCCUACGCGGGCGGCUGCGUGGAGCCUCCGUCCGAGUGCCAGCAGCAGGGCCCGCUCGCCGGCAGCUUGGCUCACCCUAGUUGCCGCCGGGAGGCUGAGUUGUUGGAGGCUGCCGAGGAGGGAAGCCCCUGCCAGGUCCGCCCGAACACGGAGCGCAACGAGAAGCUGGCCCUCUACCUGGCCGAGGUGGAGAAGCAGGACAAGUACUUGCGGCACAAGGGCCGCUUCCGCUUCCACAUCAUUCCCGACGGCAACUGCUUGUACCGCGCCAUCUGCAAGGCGGUCAACGGAGACCAGCGGCUGCACGGCGACCUCCGAGAGCAGACGGUGCACUUCAUCGCCGACCACCUGGACCACUUCAGCCCCAUCAUCGAGGGCGACGUGGGCGAGUUCCUGAUCAACGCCGCCCAGGAUGGCGCCUGGGCGGGCUACCCGGAGCUGCUGGCCAUGGGACAGAUGCUGGACGUCAAUAUCCACCUCACCACGGGCGGCAGGCCCGAGAGCCCCACCGUCUCCACCAUGGCCCACUACCUGGGCCCCGAGGAUCCGAGCCGGCGCAACAUCUGGCUGAGCUGGCUGAGCAAUGGACAUUAUGAUGCCGUGCUGGACCGCCAGUGUCCCAACCCGGAGUACGAGGAGUGGUGCAGGCAGACUCAGGUGCAGCGCAGGAGAGACGAGGAGCUGGCCAAAUCCAUGGCCGUAUCGUUGUCGAAGAUGUACAUUGAGCAGAAUGCCUGCUCCUGAGAUGGGCGCUUCCUCGGUUGCCCCCUCUGCCCUGGUGCCUUAAUUGUUCCCCAUUUAGCAGUAGUGCCUUAGGCUGAGCAAGAACUUAAGGGGAACGAACCCAGACUGAGAUUUAUAACGAGUGCUUGUAUAUACUACAAGAUCCUGGUUAUUUACCAUUUUCUUUUGUAUAUGUAUGUUCUACUUCCAAUACUUCUCUCGAUAAGGGGAUCUUUGUUUUCCUUUUUUUGCACAAUAUCUUUUAAACUUUUUACCUCUUGUCUCUUACACUUUAUUUUGGCAUCUGGCUUAUCAAGUUUGCUGUCGAAAAGAAGUUAGUAAGAGGUUUUCUUGAGUUUUUAAAAUGUUAACAUGGCUUGUAGCCUAACAGUUAAAUUUUCAUGCAGCAGUUUGAAACCUGCAUAUUUAUUCUGUCAAAUUAAAAAUUGUGUGCUAACCCACUGAUUUUUAUCCUCUUAUUUGAUGAAAGCAAGUAACAUACAGCUUCUUUUUAAUUUAAGAUAGUUAAUUUAAAACAGUUAAGUUUUGAAGUGGCUACUUCUAAGAUCCAUUGACCAGAACAGGAUUUCAUCAGGCAGUUGGAGCAAGGUUUUUCAAAAAUGGUACAGAGAGCAAUUGUGACUCUUCCUGUUCAGUUGUUGUCUAGAGUAAGCUGAUUUUUCACUUUAUUGCCUGGUUGGUGCCACCUUUAUUCCUUUAAGUAUUCACUUGCAAGAAACAUCUGAUUUAGAAUGUUAUGACAUGAUGACAUUCCUAUUUAAGAAUGGCCUUGAUGUGUGGUCUUGUUCUCUUUAUGGAUAUACAUGCCCCCUGCCUGCCUUUUAAGUGCACAAGCAGGUUUAUCUUAUCACAUUUUUUUCUGUAGAUGUUUUCUAAAUGCUAAUAAUGAGCUUAAUCUGGUAUUAUGUAAAAAUGUAUUUAUACUAAGAGUUUGUAUGGUUUGCUGGGUCAAACAUUCAGGAUUUCCAAGGUAAAAGCUACCCUCUUUAAUUUCCAAAUAAACUGAAAUUGCUAGAUAUAUUUAUUAAGUAAUGGAGUUUGUACUUUUUUAUUUUGUGACCUUUUGAAUUUAUACUGUAUUUGUAUAAUAGAAAUAUUCUUAGCUAUUCUGGAAUAAAUGUAUAGUUUUGCUUGGA